AUGCAGGUCUACCAGGUUGUAUACCACCGAAAUGGAAAUUCUAGGAGGAUUUUAAAAAUGAACAAAGUAAGUUGUUUUGACUGCAACAGAUUCCCCAUCGGAUUUCACGAGAUAAAUUCUGGUGUUGAUAUAUCCAACACUUUUGAAGUAGAUAAAGAAACAUCUGCGCUUCAUCCAUGCUCGCUUCUUGAGACUAAGAUGUGUGUACCUGAAGCUCCCAUAGAUACCCAACCUCAAGGUAUAUUAACCACUGAGGGAACAUCAAGUGCUAAUCAUUAUGGUCAACCAAAGGAGGGGAGUUCCAUCAUGGCACGAUUUGAUGGUAACAAAGAGUAUCGUUACGUUUGCUGCUUGACAAAAAACGACCAAUUCUUUCUUAGACCUUGUGAUAUUUUUAUGGAAUUACCAGCUCCAAAAGUAAAAAUUCAAAACAGGAGAAUCUUGCGAGUUUUUCCGUUUGACUUAGAAGUAGUGGAAAAAGAGUGA